AUGGCCGCCGCCUGUGAUCUCAAUGCGGCAAAAAAGAAUUUACAAGAAUCUUUAGGCGAGAAUAUGAAAAUAUAUCUACAAAACCUCAAGUCAUGGUUUAAGCAAAAAAUUUCUAAAGAAGACUUUGAUUUGGAAGCCCGCAGUCUUUUGUCAGAUGAUGCAGUCCAUCUUCAUAAUGAAUUUCUUUUGGCAAUCAUAGCUCGCUGCCAAACUCUGAGUUCAUCAUUAGUUCCAAAAGAAAGCAGUUUACUGGGUAAAGGUAGUAGUGAUCCAUCAAAACAGUCGAAACCUCUCAGGCCAAAGUUUCGGAAACGUCCCCCUAGUUCUCGGAACACAUUCCAACAAAGAUUUGUACCUGCUAAUCCAGUCGUUCAUCUUCCGGAGGUCAACUUCAAAGGGGCAGAUGACAUUGUGUUUGCUGCGCGAGAGUUAUCCCUCCCUGAUAUCACUAUGGUACAUGGUCGUAUGCUGGUGUGUGCAUGGGAGUCGGGUCUUGAUGAUGUCUCAGACAUGGCAGUGAGACUGGUGAUGCAGUCCAUUGAGAACCAGUUAAAGAAUUUGAUAUCAGUAGUGCUGUCUCAAAGAAGUGGAUACAAGCUAAGAGAGAAAAAAUUCAAAUUUGCUGUUGGCACGCAAGUAAAAAAUCCUUACUUGAGACAUGCACCUUUAAUUGAAGAUGAAAACACAGAGAGUGAAGCGACAAUGAUAUCACAGACAGGAAACCACAUCCCCAGUCGGAAGUCACCACUAGAAAUCGGAGAGGGAGCAGCUGCAGAACAGCUGGCUGCAGCCAAUCAACCAAUGUACAAAGGGCCUGUAUCUCUGUUUGAUCUGGUCCACUGUUUACAGCUUUACAAGAGUGCUAUUCCCUCUCACACUGUUUACUCUGUGGCUGUUGAACGAGUCAUCCAUCGUCUGUGGCACCCGUGCCAUGAGGAGAUCAACCAAGAUAUCAUUCACGCACAGGAAAUGGCAUUAAAGCAACAGAUGGCCACUCCAACACUGUCUGGUAUCCAGGCAACUGGUGGCCAUUACACAUCAAAAUAUCAUAGUCACCAUGGAAAACACCAUCACCACCACCAUCAUCACCAUCACCACCACCAUCAACAUAGAUCUGAACACCAAUCAGGACACCACAAGGUGUCAGAGUCUACUGGACAUCACCAGGCUGAACAAGUGAAAUCAGAAAAUGUCAAAUCCGAACACUUGAAAUCCGAACUUCACAAGUCAGAUCACCAAUCUGUAACACAGCAUAGUGGAGAGCCGAGGUCCUCAGGAAUGUAUCAGAAAUUGGAGAAUCCUUCCACAGUUGAGAUCAAAUCAGAGCAUAUGUCCCCAGCAUAUGUGAAAUCUGAGCAUUCGGGACAGCUGAGGGUGGACCAACAUACUGGAGCAAAUCUUAAUGCAGAGCCACCAACAAUACCAGGACAGCUUCUUGCUCAACAGCUUACCGGUGGAUUUACAAAUUUAAAAUCAGAACAAUCUAGCCAACAUUCUGUUGGGAGUAGGACAGAUUCAUCUAGUAGUCUGCACCAGACUGGUUACUCCUUGCAAAAUUUAGGAAGCCACCAGGCUGCCAGUCAGCUCAUGGUGCCGGACGAUUCAAUCGACCUUCUGGAUGACAGUUUGCUUGACCAGCAGAUGACCAGUCUUUUCUCCAGUGGACAGGGGCUGACAAGGCAGACGUCUCUCGAUCAAAGUCUGGCUGAAUUUUUUUCUGUUAAGUUUCCAGACAAUACAUAAUAUAUAUGUAUAUAGAUAUAUUUAAUCAACAGUUUUGGUCUCAUGCAUAUUAAUUUUCUGGUCAAUUUUGAAACUUAGAGAGGAUUACCAUGUAUUAGACUUGCGGUUUCUUUUCCAGUAGGUAGUUUUGAGAUUUUAAAAUACUUACUAGUGCAAAUAUUCACCAAAAGUGCUGAUGUUGUUAGCAGAAUAUUUUCAUUGGUAAAAUUUGGUGUUUUUGAGAAAAAAUUAACAUCCCUUUCUUCACCUAGAUUGUAUACCUAGAUUUUCGUUAGAUAGAUAAGGCAGUACAUGUGUCUCCCAAAAUUGUCAUAGAUUUUGCCUGUUAAUUUUGAACAAGUAUUUUUUUGUAGAGUUUAGUCAUUUUUUAAUUCGUUACUAAACAUGUAAGAGUUUGCAAAAUAGCACACAUGUAACGUAGAAACAUGUUAAUGUGCAAUACAAAAUAUUAAAUGAUUGCCAAUUAGAUUUGGGAAGAUAUACACAGGCAGAAAUAUAAACAACACUUUGAGAAUUUGAAAUACAAAGCGAUAUGAGUAUAUAUAUAUAUAUGUGUACAUUUUUAUACAGACAAUUGUUCAUUUCUUAGGAUGGAAUAGAAAUAUUGUAUACAGUGUACUUGGAAAGUUUUGUGGCAGUUUAACUUUUGUCUUUUUCACCCUCCUUACUGAGUCAUCACAAAUUAUCAUGACAGCAAGUUUUACCACUAUUAGUAAUUUCAUGCAAAGGGCAAAAUUAACACAAGAUGAGAAGGGAUCUUGCCAGUGUAGGGCAAGUGUUUGACUGGGUGUUGUACAGGAGUGUCCACAGAUGCUCUUAUAUGGUUGAAUUUGAAUUACUCUCAUUAUGUGAUAUCAACGAUAAGUGGAUGUUUACCAACUAUUAACUGUCAGUAGUUACCACAGCCAGUCACAUUUACUUGGGUACAUUUCAAUCUUGUUGUGAUAAAGCUAACACAUGUUGGAUGAGGUACAUUCUGUGUCAAUAGAAUGUUUGUAAUGUAUACAACAAUCCACGAUAAAAUGGUCGUGUUUAGUUAUAGGCAUUUUCAUCAUAUACAGCAGGGGUUAUGUCGCUAGGAUUCAUUGCAAUAUACUUUUUUGAAACCUUUUUUUUUACAAAAUUAUAUUUUGUAAAAUGUGACAAAUAUCAGAUUGGAGUAUUUAUGGUAAAUAUUUGUAGUUUGACUACAAUGUUGUAUUGAACUUUGAUGUUUCAUGGAGGUAAAUAUAGAUAUCCAACUUUGCCAGUAAGCAGUCAGAUACAAUGGAUGACAUAUCAGGUCUACUUCAUUGAACUUAUUUAUCAGCCAAAUGAAGAUCAAUAUUAAUAAAGGUUAAUAAUUGAUUUUUGCUGCAUGACUAACAAGUGCCUAAACUUGGAUGCUUGCAUAAACAAUUUCUCUGUCUAAUAAUUUCUUUUCAUGAAACUUCUGCAUCAGACAGAUACAUGUGUAACUUAUGAAUCCACCUUUACCAUAUGUCCAAUUGUUGUGAAAUCCCAUUUUACCUCUCAUAACAUUCCAGAACAACUUGCAUUUGAAAUUGAGAAAGUUAUUUCUUUAUUAAAACCAGUGAGAAUACAACAAAAGAAAUAGUUAACAACACCAACCAGUCUUUGUCCUUUGAAUGACAUUAUGUGAUAUAAUGAAAAUAAUCUUGGCUUUUAGUUAAUAUUUAGUUUCACUCAUUGAAAUGUAAUAUCACCCUUGAACAUGGCCACAGUGAAAACCAUCUUUUCUCAGGUAGAUGGCAUUUUAGCAGUUAUUCUAUAAGAAGAGAUUAAAAGUGUUGAACGCUUAUGAUAUUUUAAUGAUAUGUGUUUGCUUACGUAGCAUCUAUAGAAUCCAAGGAAAUGUGAACAAAUAUGAUCAUGUUUUCUGAAAAAAUGUUUGUACGAUCAUGGAUGAGAUGCACAAGAAUAUGAUUUGUAUAAUUUAUAAAUUAUAUAUUUUUGAAUGAAAACAACAGUUUUUAAAUCUAGUGCUCUCUCAUUUAAUACUGCACAUAUAUUUCAUUUGUCUGAUGGAAUAUCUUAAUAUUUCCACCCUGGUUUCUUUGUAAUGAUGUUUGUUUGUUUGUGUUUAAUGGCCCAUUGACAGCCGUGGUCAUUGAGGAUUUUUUUUUUUUAAACAAACAUGUGAUUAGUGAAGAUAAAAUCAGAUAAAAAUGAAUACUUUAAA